AUUUUAUUGCCAAGGGUAAUAAAACAUCUGUCAAAAAGCACAAAGUAUCGUCACCAUUAAAAUCCUGCCCCCGCUUGUGCGCAACGGAGUGACCCGUCGGAAGUGGUUCCCGUCUUGCGAAUCGCCGGCUGUAGGUACUUCACUGUGGGAUUAAACUGGAGACUGGAUAGGAUUGACGGCUGAAUCAUGAUAAAUUUAAAGGUGAAAACUUUGGAUUCACAGAAUCACGAUUUCACUGUCGACGAUGAGAUCACGGUGCGGCAGUUUAAGGAGGAGAUUGCGGUUAAGAUCUGCAUCGCCGUCGACAUGCAACGGCUCAUCUACUGUGGGCGUGUACUGGCAGACGACAAACCGUUGAAGGAUUACGAUCUCGACGGGAAGGUGGUGCAUCUGGUGCAGCGGCCACCACCGUCGGCCCGCAAUAACAGCGUAAGUGGGUCUGCAGCCGCCUCCCGUUUGGCCGAUGAAGCCACGCGUGCUUCGCGCCGUUCGCGUAGCAGUGACAAUGCGCGACGUAACAUUUUCCGCGGUCUCGACGAUAUCAACACGAUGUACUUUGGAUCGAUGACGUCGAUUCCGUUGAACGUGAGCACAGGCAAUGCCACGCAAAUCCCGUCGGUCAGCUCGUCGUCGACCUUGUGCAAUAACCGCAUCACAGUAGCCCGCCACAUGCUUGAGUGUGUUGAUAGCAUUUUAAGCUACUUGGAGAAUCCGGCUCGUGGUCUGAACUACAGUGCAAUGGAUUAUCUGUCGCAGCAAACGAUGGAAUCGACCGUUUUCGAGUUUGGCAUUUCGGCCGUUGGUGAUGUCGAUAUACCGCACAACCAGGUGCAAAGUUUCGUGAACGCCGUCCAAGGUGCGGUGAGUGCUGCGUUCCGCCAGAAUGGGAUGUCGAACGUGACCGUGCAGCAACCGGAUGGGGCGAAUGGGGGAGGCUCAUUGCAGGUUUUUGGCACGGUACCCGACUUUGCCGUGCUGACGCCACCAAACACAAGCGCCACAGCCACACCGGCGCACGAGGGGUCUGGAGGCAGUAGCAGCAGUAGCACUAGUAGCAGCAGCAGUAGCAGUAGCAGCAGUAGUAGCAGCUCCGGUGGCGGUGGAAGUGGUACUUCGUCAUCGAGCAGCUCCUCGGAAACGAGUGCCGACAGUCGCCGACAGGCACGGCCGGGACCAUCUGCCGCCGCAAGCCAGCAGACGACCAGUCCCCAAACGCUUGGGGAAGUGGUGCAACAGAUGCGCAAUGUGCAGCGCCGCAUGGAACCGUUCCUGCAGCAGUACUACAACAUUCUGCUCGAGGAUCCCGCGUUCGAGGAAACGGACACGACGGGACGCGAAAAUGCGCAGCGCGUUUUCGACCGCGUGUCGGAAGCGAUGCACUAUAUGUCACACGCCCAACACGCGAUCAGCGAUCUGAUGUUGGAUCUGCAGAUGGCCACACCGCGGCACCUCUGCUGUCGACCGAUUCUGGUCGAACAGAAUGCCUACGUGAGCUCGGGAAUGGCCGCCGUGCCUCACAACAUCAAUUUGUCCAACUUGCUACGCAACAAUAAUAACAACAAUAAUACCAACAACAACAAUAAUAAUCCGGAAGUUGGAAACAACAAUAUCAACGCUCAGGUCAUCAACGUCGGUAUAGCACCGUCGUGGUUUGCUGGCGCCCCAGGAGGGGCAAUGCGACCGCCUGCGACAACGGGCCCUGCCGCCAGUAAUGCUGCCCCAAGAGGUGGUGGUGCUUCGGGCGAAACAGCGGCCACGGCGGCGGCGACUGCGGCUCCCCAGCCUCCUGCCACAGGUCAGUCUACCGCAUCAAAUAGCCUCAGCAUUGGGCGGCCAGAUAUGGAGGACGAUAAUGUCGUCACCUCCCUGUACAUCCCUUUAUACGACCUCAACAACCUGCGGCGCGUGCAGAACAUUCUCGGAGAGAUGCCUCCACCUGUGCUUGCAGGAAGAAGAACGGGUGCUCCACUGAUUGGGGCCACCCUGCUAACACCGAGAGCCCCGCGGACGGCAUCAGCCGACGGUCGACUGCAGCCACCAUCCUCGACCGGACCGACCGCAUCCUCGAUCCCGGCCGGAGGUGUACCGAGUAAUAAUAACAACAAUGGUGCCGGUGGACUCAACCCUAAUACCAACGCCCAGCUGCAGAUGGCUCGAUUCAUACAAGCGGUCGUUAAUGCUGCUCCCAUCCAUACUGAUAUCCAUGUGCAGAUCAACACGGGUGGGGACGGUGGUAAUGGCGGCGGUACAGCAUCCACACCUCAGGAAGGCACCGGAAAUCCCACCAACACAACCACCACCAACACUGACAGCAACACGAACGGCUCUGGAGCGACCCCCAGCGGUGAUGGCGCUACUGCAGCAGCAGCGGGUGGUGGUGGUGCUAAUGUGCACUUUUUGCCACGUUUUGCCACCGUUACACUCCCGACGACAUCGACCCAGACGCGCUCGACGUCGCGGCCGCACGUGCACAGCAUACCACCUCCAGCUGCUUCGCACAUCCGCAACCUCAGACCGCUCCAGUCGAACAUCCUGUCAACGUUUGAUCGCUUUUUGCCAUGCAGUAGUCAUCACAUACGCGACAGCAGCUCCAAUCAGCAGCAAGAGCGGGGCAACGAUGGUGCCAGCAAUCGUGCGGGACAACCGACCAGUGCCUCGGGCGCUGGAGGAAGACCGGUGGCUACCGGAGGUAGUACGAGCUCUGGUACUCAAACGACGCCCGCUGCCGAUGCGGGACCCCCUAGCCGCCCCGAUUUGUUCUCACCCCUUCCGUUCACCAUGUUCGGCAGCCAAUUUACGUUGGCCGACUUCUGUAACCUGGUACCGAACCCAAACACGUUGAACCGCAUCCGUGACUCUCUGCAAGCGUACAUCAACCAGACGUUGGUCGAUAAUGAUGCCGUCCGCGCGUUGAUCAAUACCGGCAUCGGCCAGGUGAAUGCGGUGCUGCAACCGUUCGCAUCGUCUGAGCGACCAGACUAUGACACGCGCGCCUCGCUGGCUAAUCUGAUACGUUCCUCGCUGCCGACCUGCAUCAGUCUGGUCCGUGAGGAUACCUCGCCUCAGUUCGGUAUCCGGUUGGUGCGUCUGCUGGGCAAGUUCGUCCGCCAUUUCUUCAUGAUACUCGUGGCGGGACUGGGACGUGAAAAUGCACGGUCUGCCGUGUCGGAGCUGCUGCAGGCCGCGUUGCACCAAAGCCCUGCCGCACAGCUGCCAGCCAGCGAUCCGUCCACUGUGAUACAGGAUGUGCAUCGUGCCCUGCUGCCGACCCUCGAGCGCCACCUGGAGCUGGCCAGCCGCCAUAACAUGAGUGACGUGCAAGAGUACAUGGUCAUCCGUCAGCCGGCUCCGUCUCAGUUGCAAUCGGUCGUCGCAUUCCAUGCCGCCACGGCGUCGACAGCGGCGGCUGCUGCAAGCCGAUCCUCCAGUGUGUCCUCUAACAACACCGGCCAGCGAGAACCAAGUCCAAUGGAAGUGGAUGAUGUUGAGACUACCUCGACUCCGGAGCUAGUGUCGGACAUAGCGGAGAUCUCGAUAUCGAUCGAACCACCGGCCAUGAGCGUUGAUCCGUGUGCGGCGGCGAUCGUGAUCAGCGACGUCGUUCCGGAUGAAAUCGUUGCGGAUGCAGCGGCAGUCACCUCUACUGUCGGCCGCCAAUCGACCAUCGAAGCCGCUGGUGGAAUGGCUGCAGCAGCGGCAGCCGUUGCUUUGCGUGCCGCAUCACUGGCCGACCCACGGGUUCCGCCACCGCGGCCCACCGAUGAGGAAGAGGAGGAGCUGCCGACCGUGACCGUCGGGACCGAAUCGUGGCAUCGCCAUUUCCCUUCCAACUGGCUGCCGGUCAUUACCCGAGAUCUCGGACGUCAACGGCGACAGAAUCCACAGGCACCGUUUUCCGAUGCGUACAUUGCCGGCAUGUCGUCCAAGCGCAGGAAGCUGCUCACGGAAGCGAAGCCCCCUAACGAUGUGCAUUCACUGAUCGCUGAUGGUGUUAGGCGAUCGUUUCUCGGUAGUGGCGUGACUCCUCCGAACGUUACGACCACAGGUACUGGUACUGGCGGUAGUUCAACCGGUGGUACGAGACGGCGGCCGGGAAUCGCGGGAGGCGCGUCAGCAACGAGCACCGGUGGCGGUGGCGGCGCGAGUGGCGGCGAACCGAACCGGUUUCGCUCGCUGGACGAACUGGCCAACAGCAUUGCCAGCGAUAGCGCUCUGCAGGCCUCAUACUGUGAGGCCAUGAAGGCGACCGUACGCGACCGAUUGGCCAAAGAUCCGGACUACGAUGCGUCUCGGUUUCCCAAUAGCUCCAAAUACUUUGAGAAGCAGUAAAUCGUCGAAUGGGAAGGGAUCCAGGAUGGUGAAAUAAUGUCACCCGCGCACACCCGAAGAUCAAUCGUGUGCACUGCCUGUGUGUGUGUGUGUUUGUUUGCACUUCCAAAUAACGUGCGCUGUUUUGUUAUUACACUCCUUUCGAUUCCGCUUCUGUUCCUUCUUGUUUCGUCUCGUCUCACACACACAGACACAUACACAUUAAUAUUCGAAAUGGCAAUUUGGGCUGUGGUUUUCCACGUCUGCAUAUGUCUCUGUGUGAUCCUCGGCAUUGAGGAUCAACUUUAAAAUCUACGUUUGAAAAUGACAGUCUUGAAUGUAAUGAAGCAGAUAGAGGGAAGAGGUCGUAAACUAGGAGUAGGGUUAAGAUGGAAAGAGAAUGAUAGAACAAUUUGGUUAAAGCAAUGUAACGUAGCGAGAGAGAGAGAAAUCGGUUCCAGCAAUCCAGCUGAUUGUUCGGAUCGAUAGGACAAGCUGAAAUCACGCGACUGAUUGAUUGAGAAGAUCAACCAAGAAAUGACUUAGUAGCGACGCGGCCGCUGUCAGUUGCCGUGUUUGGGUGUCUUUCCAACUUUCUACAACAACCUGCUUCGGCCAUUCGCGCACCUAUGCUCCCAUAUACUUUCGCUGCAGGCGCAGACACUCCAUCAGACGAUCGUCGGAAUGCCAGUUUGAUUUGGGUUCUUGUUUCACGGACCUCGCGCCACGGCCAUUGCUCGGUGGCGGAGGGAUGGCUUCCGAAAAGGGUUAGGGACGGUUUUACUUGAACGAAUGAAUGAAGUAAGAGACAUACACCUUAUAAUCUACUCAUAAAGCAACCUCUAAUAGAAAGUUAUAAUAAAUCCUGCUAGAGUAACGGGA